AUGGGCAAUGGCCCCAUCAAGGCAACAUGGAUAACAAAAACUAUACUCGAUCUCUACAGCAGCAGCAACAUACAAAAGGCGAUUAGUCUAACGAGCAAGCUGGCGAAUCACUGGUGGGAAGGGCCUUUAGGCCUUCCGGGAGCCGAUCCGGCGGCCUCGGUUCACAAGAACCCUAACCAGGACGCAACGCCAAAGGAAUCCGACCCUAAUUCUUCGUCCGCCAACGAAGAAGAAAAGGACAACGACGGGGAGCCGAGAGAAGGCGCGGUCGUGCCGAGCAGCCGGCGUCGACGCGGCCGUCCACCAGGGUCCAAGAACAAGCCCAAACCCCCCAUCUUCGUGACCCGCGACAGCCCCAGCGCCCUCCGCAGCCACGUCAUGGAGGUCUCAGGGGGCGCGGACGUGGCCGACUCGAUCGCCCAGUUCGCUCGCCGCCGCCAGCGCGCCGUCUGCGUGCUCAGCGGUUCCGGCACCGUCGUCAACGUCGCGCUCCGCCAGCCUGCUGCCCCGGGCGCGGCCGUCGCCCUCCGUGGCCGGUUCGAGAUCCUCUCUGUGACCGGCACGUUCCUGCCGGGCCCGGGCCCGUCCCCGCCGGGGUCGACCGGGUUAACGGUUUACCUGGCAGGCGGGCAGGGUCAGGUGGUGGGCGGCAGCGUCGUGGGGCCGCUGAUAGCGGCAGGGCCGGUGAUGGUCAUGGCGUCCACGUUCGCGAACGCUACUUAUGAGAGGUUGCCGCUUGUUCAGGAAGAGGAGGAAGGCCCAGACAGUGGCGGUGGUGCCACGGGACAGUUGCCCGGUGGAGAACCGCAGCUGAUGGCCGGGGGCGGGGGAUCAGGAGGACUGCCGGACCACUCGGCGCUGCCCAUUCUCAACUUGCCGCCGAACUUAGCACCCAACGUCGCACACGUGGGGCAUGAGCCCUUCGGGUGGGCUCAUGCGCGGGCGCCAUUCUAGGAGGACAAGAUGAGCUCUCAUUUCUAUUAUAUAUAUAUAUAUAUAUAUAUAUAUAUAUAUA